AUGAAAAACAGUUUUCUGUCAAAUAUGCGGCUUUUGUAGGUUAAGUUAGAUUGAAUAACAAAAUAUCUAGUAUUUACAGUGUUUAAUGCGUAAUUUUUUUAAAUGAAAGUGACUAUCAAUAAAACUCCGUAUUAAAAGUGCCGGAUUAAUAAAUAAAUUAGAAUGGCAUUAAUGAAAUCGAAGGAAAUACCAAAAGGUGCAGUGGUUAUAGAUGAAUUUGAAGCCACCGUGUAUGCUUGGGACUUGGUGAAUAAUUGGAAAUCUGUGAAGGAUAAAUGGGCCCUUGAGUACGGACCAUUUGUGCUAGGUGGUAUCAAUGCUCUAUCAGGAGUGUUAAUAAACAGCCAUUAUCGUGGUAAGUUGAAGUUAGGAAACUACGGGUAUUUCGCGUCUGUGAUACCCAUUUCUGUAAUGCCGGGGAUUAUGACUCCAGCGCUCCACAGACAUUUGGUGUCAACAGAUAUAUUGUUGAUGAAGAGUGCUUGUCCAAUCUGCUAUGAAAUGAGAGCUACAGCCAUACAACUUGGGCUUGGCAUAGCAUAUCCCAUGGUGUUGGCCCCACUAACUGGACUCAUGCUGGCCAGCAGAUACUCAACAGCCAGGAUGCCCAGUUUGUUUGAAGGUCCAAGAGUGGUUUUGAAAUUCGUGCACAAGCUGACAAGACCAUUUACAGGCACAUUAACAGCCAUCGCGAUUUUCCAAUCUGUGGCAGCAGCAAUACUUACGCAUUUUGAAAUGAAAAAUAAUUUCACAUUGAGGCAUAAAAUAGAGGAGAUUGAACGCAGACUAAUAGCAGAGAGGGCCGAGAGGGGUGGAGGUGUUAACAGUUGAAAUGGGAAGUAUUAAUUUAUGUUGAUUGUAUAUAGAUCUAGUAAUAUUAUAUGUUUUUGUUUUAAAGUAGUUUUUGUGGUACUUACUUUUCCUUUUUUAGGAGCUCCUACUCCAUUCCCUUGAACAGAAAA